UUGACAUAGAAGUCCGUUUUAUCGUUGUUUAAAUUUUCAAUUAACUUUUGCUUGGCAAAUUUUUGGAAAUUUUGCAAAAAGCAGUAAUAUUAUACACAAAUAAAAAGGAAAUUAGUGAAGUUUAUUCAUUCCUAAACGUAUCCUGAUUGUGGAACUUUAUUUACAAUUUGUUCUUUUGAGGAAAUUCGAAGAGAAUAAAUCCAAACGAUGGAGGAUUCCGUGGGAAAUAAGGAGAAUCUAAUAGAUACACCAAGACCGCGUCGCUCAACAAGGCUAGCCAAGUCCUUGAUGAUGCAAGAGGGGAAAGAAAACGCAGCAGCUUUGGGUGAAAAAACAACUGCCAAGACCCCGAAAAAGGGAACACCCAGGAAGACUCCUAAAAAGGCUCUAAAGGAGAGCCCAACUAUGAAGACUCCAGCAAAGAGUACUCCAAAGAAAACUCCGAAGAAGACUCCUGCAAAAUCAGCGGGAAAGAGUACAUUGCAGAUGGAAGAUACCGUUGCUCCCACAACUCCAAGAUCAGCACGCAAAUCUCGCUCACGCUCAACUUUGAAAGAAUUAGCGGUGGAGGAGGUAGUAGCUCAAGAGGAGUCGACUGCAUCGAAAAAUCUCUUCCCUGAGGACGUUGAAAAGGGCAAGAAUCUCAUUGAUACCUUUUCAAAGAGCUUGGAAUCCAUCGUGGAUAAACCGGAAGAUGGAACUUUAACCGCAGAAAAGGAAGCUUCAAAUGAUCCUGGAAAGGCUUCUCCAGAAAAGGAGAAAGAUUGCCCAAUGGAUGUUCAAUCGUCUUCACUGAAGGAAGUUGCAGAUGCAAUGGAGGCAGAUGACAAACUCUCUGAUGAGUCUUGUGUGAUUGUUAAUAUUUCGGAUGUGUCGGAUCACAGUGCCAAGGAGCAGGAUAGCAAGAGGAUGAGUAUCAUUGUUAUUCCUGAUACUCCAAUGCCGACUGAAGAGCAGGUUGAUCGCAAAUUGAAUGAAACUUUCUCACCAGAACCAGCAGAGACUCUCUCCAAGAAUCUGCCAAAGGUGAAGAUUGAUGCAGAUGCUGAGGCGGAUAAGACCCCCAAGAAAGUAUUCCCAAAGACCCCCAAGAAGACUCCAACGAAGCUCAAUCUUGAGAGUACUGCGGGAAAGAUGGUCAAUUUUGCACCCUUGGUAGCUUCCAGUGCUCUGAAGAGUUCUAUUCUGCAGGACAACAAGUUCCUGUCUCCGCUCAAAUCCAUUCGCAAGCGAUCCCUAUCUACGAAUGACGUUGAAUCCAGCAGGAAGAUCAAUCAUGUGACUUUCCAUAGUCCUGCCAAUAUGGAGAUCACUGUCGAUGAAAUUGACAAUAGCAUGCGCCCACUCAUUGAUGAGAUCAGGCAGGAGAGGGAUGCCUAUGUGGCAGCUAAAGCCCAAGAGAAGAAAUUAGCUAAGAGGAGCAAGCGGUCAAUGUCCAAUGUCGAGACAGGGAGGAAUGCACCAAAACAUGGCACAGGUGUGAAGACUCCAACAAAGAAGAAUUUCGAUUUUUCUCUUGGAAAAGUUCCCAACUUCCAAGCAAUUCAUGCAGCUUCAUUCAAGAAAAUGGAGAAUUUGGUUGAUUACAAGAAUAGGAAGGAGGAGCGAGCAAAGAAUCUCUUGAAUGCUUCCGGAAAGGCUUCAACAACUCCCCAUCCUCCCCAGGUAUCAACAUCCAAGAAUGACGAAUCCACGACAAUAAAUCCCAAAGGUGCAAACAUCCUUCCAGUUUCAGCUGCAGAAAAUGUAGAAACGAACAUUUUUGCUGCUGCUUCACAGAGCGCCGAGGGUGAGAAUGCGGCCACACACGUGGGAAUUUCACGGCCGCUGAAUAAAAUUGAGGAGCGGCAGCAGAAGUGGCGCUCGAUGCAUAAGACGGGUACAAAAUCCGGGACCUCUCAGAGGAAUGCUGCAAUUUUGAAGGGAGUCCGCACCAAUAGGCGCUUUGAUUUGAUGAUGAAGUUCAGAGACGCCCAGAAUUGAUGCGACGCGGGAUUGGGAAGUUUUUUUUAGUUUGUAAUGGAGUUCUUAUUUGCCACAGCAGCGCGUUACUUUAUUUUUUUCCCACGCACCUCACCUCUUGAUCAUCGCAAGGGAGGUGCAAUUGUUGCAUUGAGAGGUGUGAGACAUGUGGAUAAUGAAUAAACAAUUGAUAUUGAUAAA